GCGCCGCUGUUCCCGUGUGUGACUUGACCGCGAGAGCAGGGAGGCUACAGCCAGCGAGCUCCGAGCGGGCUGCGGAGGAUGUCGACCCCGCAGCGGGGACCAGCUCCGGGCGGGAUGCUUGUGUCCAGCCGGCUGCUCCUCGCCCCGUCGCCCCGCGCCUGCAGCCGCGUGCACCCAUGAUGACGCCCCCGCUGAUGAAGCCCCGAGCUGCCCGAGUGAGGCGGAGAGUGGCCGGAGACAGAGAGCAUGUACUGGCGCGUCGGGUUCGCCUGGACGCGGUCGUGUGUGGUUGAUCUUGGCCAGAACCAGAGCUUCUCCUCCGGCCUGCUGGGCCCCGAUGAGCAGCUCUCGUUUUAUGGGUGCAUCAUCGCCUACCCUCUGCAGGACUACGGCGGGAUCAUGUCAGCGCUGGGCUCGGACUCGUGGUGGCGGAAGACGCUGUAUCUGACCGGAGGAGCUCUGCUGGCUGCUGCUGCUUAUCUGCUGCACGAACUGCUGGCCAUCAGAAAGGAGGAAGAGCUGGACUCUAAAGAUGCCAUCAUACUCCACCAGUUCUCCAGGCCCAAAACUGGCAUCCCAUCCCUGUCCCCUUUCUGCCUUAAGAUGGAGACCUACCUCCGUAUGGUUGAUCUGCCCUAUAAGAACUACUUUGAUGGGAAGCUUUCGCCACAGGGAAAGAUGCCGUGGAUUGAAUACAACCAGGAGCAGGUGUGUGGCACUGAAUUCAUCAUCGACUUCCUGGAGGAGAGGCUGGGCGCGAGCCUCAACAAGAGCCUGACGCCGCAGGAGAAGGCGGUGUCUCGCGCCAUCACCAAAAUGGUGGAGGAGCAUUUCUACUGGACCAUAGCUUACUGUCAGUGGGUGGACAACCUGGAGGAGACCCAGAAGAUGUUGUCAGUGAGCGGGCCACUGAGUGAUCUGCUCAAGUGGAUCCUGAGUCACCUGACCGGCGGGAUUGUCAAGAGGGAGAUGUACGGGCACGGGAUUGGACGGUUCUCUGAGGAGGAAGUUUACGCCCUGAUGGAGAAGGACAUGCGCACCCUGGCAACUCUGCUAGGUGAUAAGAAGUAUCUGAUGGGCUCUAAGCUUUCGACAGUAGACGCUGCAGUGUUCAGUCACCUGGCCCCGGCUAUGUGGACGCUACCAGGAACACGGCCGGAGCAGCUGAUCAAAGGUGAGCUCAUCAACCUGGCCAUGUACUGCGAGCGCAUCCGCCGGCGUUUCUGGCCCGAGUGGUUCGUGGACCUGGAGGACUUCUGCUACAGCGACACCACAGAGAGCAGUGACGCGCCCUCCAAACUCCCCGACCUGGGCCUCUUCUCCUGCACGGACACUUUCCACGACGACACACACACGUACACCUCCCAGGCUCACACACCAAAGGACCCCAUGUCGCCCGACAGCGACCCUACAGGCCACUCGCUGUAUGACUCUGACAUGGACACGGAGUGCUCUGAAAUCGACCAGCCCAAGUGUUGACGAAACGUACAUGUGUAGUACACGCCACACAUACGCACACCACAGGAGGGAGCUGCGUCCCGCCUGCACACAUGCCCCCUACCUCUCUGAUCAGAACAUACCUGGGGAGUAUUGUUAGUGUCUCCUGUGUCAGUGGAGAUGUUGAGGAGGUCUCACGUGCAUACUGUAUUGGAGGACCUACUGCAGCAGAGGGAGUGAGACAGAUAGAAAUGUAAAGUUUCAGUGGAGGGAGAGAGAACAGAGAAGAAGCAGUACAAGAUUAGAAAAACUCCAGGAGUAAAUGACGCCACUGCUGAGAAACUCCUCCACGUGGUCACCUGCAGUCACCGCCUGUUGUCACAUCGCCGAUUCUACGGCAACGACAUGUGCUUGACCCCCAAUGUCCCUCGUAGCAACUUGCACCGCCCAGCCUCGUGUGUUUUAACUAAUUGAACCCUUAACGCCUUGUGUUGACAUGACAUCGUAGGGACCUGUCCAGGGAUUCAUGAUUCAUGUGAAUGAACUCAGUGUAAAUAUAUAAAUGGAUCAGAUUUAUUAGAUUGAUUAUAUAUGAGUAUAAAUAGUAUAGAUAGCCUGCAGAUAUAGAAUCACCCCCUCUGUCAUAUGGUGUAAAUACUGUAGGUGUUUCUCCUUCAGACUGUCUUGUAGUAGUCUCCAUGAACGCCCACCCUGCUGGUCUAGGAUCAGUACGAGGACCUCCUGUGUUUGUCUCCGCAGCUGGGAUGUUACAGUAAUGCCUGCUGCCCAUGUUUAAGUAGUGCAGUCAAAGUUCAUGGAAGAUAAUGGGUAGUAAACUGCAAUCUGCCGUAAGCACUUAUUGUUAUUAAGACAAUUGUUUUGCCAAAAAAAAUUAAUGAUAACAAUAAUUUGUCCCUGCAUUACAAGUGUAAUGUGGCAACAUACAUUGUCAGAGCUGGCGAAUAGGCUGAUACAGAGUACCGUUCUGAUACCAUCCAUCCAUUUUCAUCCGCUUGUCCAAGGCCGGGUCGGGGGGCAGCAGGCUGAGCAAAAUACUCCACACGUCCCUCUUCCCAGCGACGCUUUCCAGCUCCUCCUGAGGGACCCCAAGACGUUCCCAGGCCAGUUGAGAUGUAAUCCCUCCAGCGUGUUCUGGGAACGUCUUAGAUGCCCCAACCACCUCAACUGGCCCCUUUCAACUCAAAGGAGUAGCGGCUCUACUCCGAACUCCCCUCCACAUGUCCGAGCACCUUACCCUAUCUCUAAGGCUGAACCCAGACACCCUUCGGAGGAAACUCAUUUUGGCCACUUGUAUCUGCGAGCUUUGCCUUCU